CAGACAAUCCAAUGUAUUCGCUUCAGAAGGCUUUGGGCCAUGUGUCGCGAGCGCUUUGGUGCCGGACGCAGACAACACCUGCGGGCCGGGCCUUUGCUCGGCGUCACAUUAGUGAGUCGGGGGAGCAGACCUUCGCCAAUGUCGUGAAGGAGCUCAAGAAAAAAGGGAAGCUACCCAUCUCCAGCGGCGGCCCGGAGUUCAGCGCGGCACCUGGUCCCAAAGGUGGACCCGCCGGUGGCUUUGUGGAUAUUGAUGAAGACCUGCUGGAGGAGGUGGAAGAGAGCGAAGAUGCAGAGACUGCAGAGAGCUACUUGCAAACUGAGGUGCUCGAGCUCAACGAGGACGUGGAGCUCAACGAGGACCUUCUGCAGGCUGAGCGGAGUCAAGCCUUGGCAGCCGCCAAGCUCGCACGGCAGAAGGCCUUUGAAGAAGCAGCCCAGUUGAGCGAGGAAGAGCUGCGAGAGCGUGUGAAGCGCUCCAUCGAAGAGUUGGUGCCCAUCUCGGUGUCUGGCAGCUCGGAGGAGACGCCCGUGGAUGAGGGUGAGCUGACUCCAGCGCAGGUCUUUUACAUGGAAAACCGCGAUCGAUUAGUGAGCCGAGCCCAAGAUUACUACUUGGAGAAGCACAAGGAGUUACAAAGAGAUGAUGACGAUGAGGACGAGUGGCGGUACUACCACGAUCCGGUGAUGCGACCAGCAAAAGGACAUCUCUGGUCCACUGGGAUGGAAGAAGAUGGCGGUGAGCAUGGGCAAGAGAAUGCCUGGCUCCAGGUGGUCACCGAUUGGCCCAGAGGUUAUUUGCCAACGGCAGAGAUGCUUGCGAACCUUCUGCGUUUGGAGCAAGCGCGGGACGUGAGUGUCAUUGAUUUGGAAGAGUGCGAUCGGCGUGACGUGGGGACACAUGCCAUCAUCGCGACAGGGGUCACGGCGCGGCAUUGCCGGCGCCUGGGGCAUAUCAUGUUUCGUGCAACCGAGGCCUGCGAAGCUCCCUUCGUACAAGCCUUCUGCUACGGAACGCGUCAGGAUGAAUGGGUCGUGGCCCAUUGUGGAUCCAUUAAGGUCCACCUCUUGACGCAAGAAGCUCGGGAGCAAUACCAGCUGGAGUUGCUCUACCGGAGGCCGGAGUACUUCUUUCAACCAGGUGACUUUCCGCACUACGUGGAGGUCUAUGGCUCGGCCACCGAUGCGAUGAUGCUCAACGGUGAGACCCACGUGACCCACGCCAUCGGCUCCCGGAGCCGUUCGGCGCUGCCGGUGCCCUACCGGGAUCGGCUCCAUCGCCACAUGGAGCAGGCCAACUACGAGGGCACAGAAGACUCUCGCUACGUGGAGGGUCGCCUGGAAGCCCCCGUCAUCGAUGUGGAGGGCUCCCCAGUGGUGCGCGCAGCGGUGCAACGAGAAGCGCGGUCGUCCGGGAGUUCGGACUGGGAUGCUUGGCCGCUGCAGGAGCAGAAUCCCGAAGAAGCCACUGACAGCGAGGACGAAGAUGCCCACGAGGAGCUGAAUCCUGAAGAAGACACGGACAGUGAGGACAAAGAUGCCAGCAAUGAGUCGAGAAAGCUGUAGACUUGCGUGCAAAAGAUGUGCAUGUUUGGGUGGCCUCCGACCAUCCGC